GAAGGAGGUGGGGACCAGACAGAGGAGUAUCGGGAGGAGGAGGAUGAGGAAGAGGAGGGACAAAGGCGGAUCAAGGCUGAGGAGCCGGAACCACGCGCUCGAGCCCUGCCUGAAUUCGCAGCCCCCACCUGUGGGAUCAUCGCCCCCCCCAUCGCGCAGAGCAGGAGCCGAGCAUGGAGAGCAGGGAGGACAAAUCCCCGGGGCAGAACCUGGUGGCAGAGGCCGCUUUGAGCGGCUCCACGGCGCAGGAAGCCAACGGGGAGGAAAAGCCCCGGAGAUGCCGCACGAGGAGGGGCUGCAAACGCAGAUCACAGGGAUCUGAGGGGGAAAGAGCCAGCCUGGGCCGGGAAGGCGGCCGGAGACGGAGCCAGAGCUCGGAGCUGGUGCUGCAUGAGCAGGGCAGUGAUGGGGAGAAGCCCCACACGUGUGGGGAGUGUGGGAAGAGCUUCACAUGGAACUCCAGCCUGAUCAGGCACCAGAGGACCCACACUGGGGAAAAGCCCUACAAGUGCGCAGAAUGUUGGAUGUCCUUCUGUGACAGGUGCACCCUGAUUAACCACCAGAGGAUCCACACUGGGGAGAGACCCUUCGAGUGUGGGCAGUGUGGGAAGAGCUUCAGCCAGCGCUCCAACUUGUUCAAGCACCAGAGGAUCCACACUGGGGAACGGCCCUACGAGUGUGGGGAGUGUGGGAAGAGCUUCAGCUGGCAUUCACACCUGAUCAGGCACCAGAGGAUCCACAGUCAGGAGAGGCCCUGCAAAUAUCAGAAGUGUCGGAAGAGCUUCAGCGACCGGUUCAGCCUGAUCAAGCACCGGAGGACACACACCGGGGAAAGACCCUUCGAGUGUGGGGAGUGUGGGAAGAGCUUCAGCCACCAUUCAUACCUGAUCAGGCACCAGAGGACCCACACGGGGGAGAGGCCCUACGAGUGUUCCGAGUGUGGGAAGAGGUUUAAGACCAGCUCCAAUCUUUACCAGCACUAUCGGACUCACACAGAGGAGAGACCCUUCCAGUGCCCUGAGUGUGGGAAGGGAUUCAAGGAGAACUCCAAACUCAUCGUCCACCGGAGCAUCCACACUGGAGAGAGGCCCUACGAGUGUGGGGAGUGUGGGAAGAGCUUCAGCCAGCAUUCACGCCUGAUCAGGCACCAGAGGACCCACACUGGGGAGAGGCCCUACGAGUGUUCCGAGUGUGGGAAGAGGUUUAAGACCAGCUCUGAUCUCUUGCGGCACUAUUGGACUCACACAGAGGAGAGACCCUUCCAGUGCCCUGAGUGUGGGAAGGGAUUCAAGGAGAACUCCAAACUCAUCACCCAUCGGCGCAUCCACACCGGGGAGAGGCCCUACGAUUGUGGGGAGUGUGGGAAAACGUUUCAGACCAGCUCCAAUCUCUUCCGGCACUACCAGAGUGACACAGAGGAGAGGCCCUUCCAAUGCCCCGAGUGUGGGAAGGGAUUCAAGAAGAACUCCAAACUCAUCACCCACCAGCGCAUACACACCAGGCAGAGGUCCUAUGAGUGUGAGGAGUGUGGGAAGAGCUUCAGGUGGAACUGCCACCUGAUCAGUCACCAGAGAAUCCACACUGGGGAGAGGCCCUUUGAGUGUGGGGAGUGUGGGAAGAGGUUUACAACCAGCUCGCAUCUCUUCCGGCACUUUUGGACUCACACAGAGGAGAGGCCCUUCCAAUGCUUCGAGUGUGGGAAAGGAUUCCAGUGCACCUCUGACCUCACCACCCACCAGCGCAUUCACACUGGGGAGAGGCCCUACGAGUGUGAUAAAUGCAGGAAGAGGUUUCAGACCAGCUCCAGUCUCCUCUUGCACUAUCGAACUCACACAGAGGAAAGGCCCUUCCGCUGCCCCGACUGUGGGAAGGGAUUCAAGUACAACUCUUCCCUCGUCAUCCACCGGCGCAUCCACACUGGGGAGAGGCCCUACGAGUGUCCCCAGUGUGGGAAGAGCUUCUCACAGAGCUCAGCGUUGACCAAACACCAACGCAGGCACCGUGAUGGGGAGAAGCCCCACACGUGUGGGGAGUGUGGGAAGAGCUUCAGGUGGAACUCCAAGCUCAUCGAGCAUCAGAUGAUCCACACUGGGGAACGGCCCUACGAGUGUGGGGAUUGUGGGAAGAGCUUCAGGUUGAGUUUCAGCCUGAUCAGGCACCGGAGGAUCCACACUGGGGAGAAGCCCUACGAGUGUGGGGAGUGUGGGAAGAGCUUCAGCCUGAGCUCCAGCCUGACCCUGCACCGGAGGUCCCACACUGGCGAACGGCCCUAUGAGUGUGGGGAGUGCGGGAAGAACUUCAGACUGAGCUCCCACCUGACCAGCCACCAGAGGAUCCACACUGGGGAGAGGCCAUAUGAGUGUGGAGAAUGUGGGAAAAGCUUCAGGUUGAGCUCCAGCCUGAUCAUGCACCAGAGGACCCACACUGGGGAGAGGCCCUACGAGUGUGGAGAAUGUGGGAAGAGCUUCAGGUUCAGCUCCAGCCUGAUCAAGCACCAGAGGAUCCACACUGGGGAGAGGCCCUACGAGUGUGGAGAAUGUGGGAAGAGCUUCAGGUUGAGGUCCAGCCUGAUGCAGCAUCAGAGGAUCCACACGGGAGAGAGGCCCUAUGAGUGUGGGGAGUGUGGGAAGAGCUUCAGCGACAGCUCCAGCCUUGUUGUGCACCAGAGGAUCCACACUGGAGAGAGGCCCUACGAGUGUGGGGAGUGUGGGAAGAGCUUCAGUUCCAGUUCCAGCCUUAUCAAGCACCAGAGGAUUCACACUGGGGAGAGGCCCUACGAGUGCUCCAAGUGUGGGAAGAGGUUUACGACCACCUCCAGUCUUGUCUUGCACUAUCAUACUCACACAGAGGAGAGGCCCUUCCAAUGCCCCGACUGUGGGAAGGGAUUCAUGAAAAACUCCGGCCUCAUCGUCCACCGGCGCAUCCACACGGGGGAGAGGCCCUACGAGUGUGAUAAAUGCAGGAAGAGGUUUCCGACCUGCUCCAGUCUCCGUAACCACUAUCAGACUCACACAGAGGAGAGGCCCUUCCGCUGCCCUGUGUGUGGGAAGGGAUUUAGGCAGAACACCUACCUCACCAUCCACCAGCGCAUCCACACCGGGGAGAGGCCCUACGAGUGUGAUAAAUGCAGGAAGAGGUUUCAGACCAGCUCCAGUCUCCUCAAGCACUAUCGGAUUCAUACAGGUGAGAGACCCUACCGCUGCCUCGACUGCGGGAAGGGAUUCACGAACAGCUCUUCCCUCGUCAUCCACCGGCGCAUGCACACUGGGGAGAGGCCCUAUGAGUGUCCCCAGUGUGGGAAGAGCUUCUCACAGAAUUCUAAUUUGAGGAAACACCAGCGCAGGCACCGGUAAGGGAAGCCCUGCGAGUGCCCCGAGUGCGGGAAGAGCUUCGUGAGCUGCUCCAGCUCCAUCCCCCACUGCAGGAACCACUUUGGGCACAGCCCUGGUCACCCACAUUCCCUGUGAUCCAUGCUGGGAACACUCCAGGCUGCUUCUCCUUUUGGUUUGGCCUUAAUUUCUUUCUCUUCUCAAUCUCUUUGCAGCUAAAAAGCUGAUAUGGAUACAUCUAUCACCUCAAAACCACUCAAACCCCAGUGAAAACAGCUCAGUCUUAUCCCAAAAGGACUUAGUCUCACACCAAAGGGGCUUUCUCCCAUCUCAAAAAAACGCUACCUCUUCACAAUGUCACUCGAUUCCACAGCCAGCAGGGACACAUGGGAUUGGGAGGAGAUUUUGAGAAGUGGGAUCCCAGUUUGGAGCGCUGGGAUGUGGACUGUGUGGGGCUGGGUGUGUGGAAUGUUCUUGAUAGCAAAUAAAACUCUGAGACUUA